AAACCGUUUCAAGGGCCGCCCCCCUGCGCCCGCGCCGCGCCGCGCCGGCCCGUCUUCCCAGCUGCUCGGCUCCGGGCUGGGAGAAACCCGAGCCGCUCUCCGGUCGACGCAGGCAGAGCGGGGUGCGGGGCGGGGAGGAAUACUCGCUUGGAGACGUCACUUUGGCCUUGGGGCUCUCCAGCCCUUUGGGAUUUCCAAUGGGAUCUUAGCCGCAACCGCCGCCCCGGGCCAGCCACGAUUGGAACGCUCUGCCCGGCAAGCUCUUCAGGACCGGGGAGCCCCCCGCCCUCCCUCACCGUUCGCCAGGUGUUUUGGCAUUGCACUUCUGCGUGAGAGACCCUUUCUGUAUUACAUAAAGGACUCCCAUCCCCCGCUUGACGGUCACGAUUCUUAUCUGCGUGAACACUUAUGGCUCUGUUACGAAAAAUUAAUCAGGUGCUGCUGUUCCUUCUGAUUGUGACGCUCUGUGGGAUUCUGUACAAGAAAGUUCACAAGGGGACUGUGCUCAGGAAUGGAGCAGACGACGACUUGGAGGCCCCUGAGGAAGUGGAGGAGGAGAUCCCUGUGGUGAUCUGCGCGGCAGCUGGGAGGAUGGGUGCUGCCAUGGCUGCCAUCAACAGCAUCUACAGCAACACCGACGCCAACAUUCUGUUCUACGUAGUUGGACUCCGGAACACGCUGACUCGAAUUCGGAAAUGGAUCGAACAUUCGAAACUGAGAGAAAUCAACUUUAAGAUCGUGGAAUUCAACCCUAUGGUGCUCAAAGGGAAGAUCAGACCAGACUCCUCAAGACCGGAAUUGCUGCAGCCUCUGAACUUCGUUCGAUUUUACCUCCCUCUGCUGAUCCAGCAGCACGAGAAAGUCAUCUACUUGGACGAUGAUGUCAUCGUACAAGGUGAUAUCCAAGAGCUGUACGACACCACCUUGGCCCUGGGACACGCGGCAGCUUUCUCGGAUGACUGCGAUUUGCCCUCUGCCCAGGACAUAAGCAGACUGGUUGGGCUCCAGAACACAUACAUGGGCUAUCUGGACUAUCGGAAGAAGACCAUAAAGGACCUUGGCAUCAGCCCCAGCACCUGCUCGUUCAAUCCCGGCGUGAUUGUAGCCAACAUGACGGAAUGGAAGCACCAGCGUAUCACCAAACAGCUGGAGAAAUGGAUGCAGAAAAAUGUGGAGGAAAACCUCUACAGCAGCUCCCUGGGCGGAGGGGUGGCCACAUCCCCCAUGCUGAUUGUGUUUCACGGGAAACACUCCACAAUCAACCCCCUGUGGCACAUAAGGCACCUGGCAGGGAGCUGGAUAGGAAGUGGAGCAGCCAGGACACAAACAGGCUGGAAUCCGGAUGCCAGAUAUUCAGAGCACUUCCUGCAGGAAGCUAAACUGCUGCACUGGAAUGGAAGGCACAAACCCUGGGACUUCCCAAGCGUUCACAACGACUUGUGGGAAAGCUGGUUUGUCCCUGAUCCUGCAGGGGUAUUUAAGCUCCAUCACAACAGCUGACAGAACUCAACGUUUUAAAUACUCCCUAUGGGAAAAGCUGCAACUGUCCCUUUGUAGCCUUGCAACACGUUUGCUUGAGGAGCAAUACCUUUGACACGUACAAUCCACGACACGAGAACCAGAAACUUCUCUGUGCAGAUUGGACCUCGGACCAGACGGGCACGGGUGUGUUUCCUUAAGCCCAAGUGAUAAUCGUGGAGGCCACGAUUCUGUGAGUGAAGCAUGUUGCUGGAAAGAAAGAAACCCAGCCGGCUAUGGGCAAUCAAGGUGCUUCCCACUGAAUGGCACUUACAGCCACAAAUUCAGCAUUUUCUAAAUGUAUUUUUUACAUGUAGGUAUUUUUUAACAGGUUCUCAAUCUUGCCUUUUAUAGCACUGUUACAUUUAAAACAUGGAGGCCUGAAGAAAUAAAAUUGUCAUUGAUUUUUAAAAUUUUUCAUCAUGUAUAUAUUCUGAGUGCUAAAUACUAGAAGGAGAACUGGUGCAGGUUUGAAGGGGGAAGGAAUACCAUUGAGUCUGGCCAGAAAAAAGCUUGAAGGCCAAGGGUAUUUCACUCUUAAAAAUUUUUUUUUAUUGUAAAGACCAUCAGACUGUCAGAUGAAUUUCAAAAUCUUUCCAUAUUAUUUAAUGAAAAAGUCUCAUACUGUCAUGUACAGGAUAUACCGACAUUUAUUAUGUAUCAGUCAUAUUCAAUGUAAAACACCAUUAUUGUAGGCUUGGAAAAUCUUCAAACCCAUUAUCUAGUGGGCAUCUGUCAUAAUUUAAAAGGUAUUUUCUCCAGUCAAAUAAAAAAAAUCUAUUGUAAAGCUACAAUAGUUAUUUCCUACAGCCAUACCUAGUUACAUGCUUUACACAGUCCCAUGAAAAAAUAAUUCCAUUGCUCCUAAUCCCUGAUGCAAGGCACUUCAGAGCACCCGCAGAAGACGGCCAUGUAAACAGCAGUACAGUACAUCAUUAAAUAACACGAAUGACUUCCACACAGCUUGACCUAGACUUCAGGAAAAAUAAAACCAUCAUUACCACAGCUAAAAAGCAUACUAAGAGUCACAAGAAUUUGUUUCUCUUAUUACAAAGAGAAGAACAAGACAUACCACCUCUCGGGGGAAAGAGGAACCUUGUAAAUAUUUCAUAUUGAAAAUGAGCAUGCUCCCUGGGUAUGUACGGAACUGGAGUAUUCAGGAGUGAGUAGGAGUCAAUGCAAAUGGCCAUUUCUGAAUACCCAGCUUGAACAUCUACCAGACCUAGGGGUCUGGACUAUUUGUAGCACCAUGGGAAAGGCAUCAGAACAUCACAAAGGUACAGAUUUCAAACCAACCUUCCCACGAGAUUCACGUAGUCCAUAGCAACUAAGUAUCAGCAAUGAUGCAGAGAAAGGAUUUUUAAAAUUAUUGGCUUACUAGAUAUACCUGGCAAGAAAGGUUCUGCAUUAUUUAUUUUGGUACAUCUCAUGUAUAGAAAGCACCGGUUUAAGUGAGAUUAUCAAACCCCUCCAGCCAUCUUUUGCUCAGCCUGAAAAUUCAUUUCUUACCCCAUUUCCAUGUCACCAACCUUAAAAUCAAGGCUAAAAUUACAAUGGUGAUAAAUACUGACAGAGAAAUUCAGUUCCUUCCCUAUCAGAUUUAUCUCUCAAGUAAAACACAGCUACGUGAUACAACGUCAGGGUUCUACUGCACUCUCUGGAACCGACUGUCCCAGCGGAGAGUUUCUGCCUCCUGGAGGAUUAGCACACAGGGGCCAGGAGGCCAAGGCCAGGGAAGGAGGCUGGGCCAGCCCUGCCACAGCAAGGCCACACUCCGUAUUUCUACUGCUAAGUAACUCUCAACACCACUCCUAACGUGAAGAGGUCUGAGCUGAGAGCAACUUAGGCAGCCCUGGGGUGACCCUCAGCUACCACCAAACACUAACAAAUGGGACUCCACUGAGGGCUAACUUCAUAUGUGAAAAGCAACAUACUUGCUUCCUUAGCUGUGCUAAUUCUUACCAUGAGCACACCCUCCUUAGGCAUAAAAGGAGUAAUAGUCUGCCUAGGUUUAUGCACAGUUAAGGAUCAACUAUAAAUAUUCAGACUGCUGUAUUUUAAAAUUACAGAUCAAAAGUGACUCCCAAAAGAAAAUCAAUUUCUUCACACAUGAAAUAUAUAAAAAGCUGGAAUGAUGGUUAAUUCACAUACAAAAUCACAUACAAAAAAACCCUACUUUUCCUUCCAAAUUACUUAGUUCAUACAGUUGGUUCUAUCACACAACUGUUCUACACUAAUGACAUCGCUAGAGUAAACUACUACUAAAAUAUUAAGUUAGCACACUGAGGUUCUGUAUCUUGACAACUGCAUUAAAACUGCAGCAUUCACGCGGAGCUGAGAAACAGCAUUCUUAGACACCCUGCUCUUGCGCUCCACAGUGAUUGUUCAGGGAAGGAAUCUGGUCUGUAAACGGCUGGGCCAUCCACUGCCCAUCUGGAAUGGCAUUGAGAGCUGAUUCUCUUAACUCCGCACUGUCCGCAGCUAGGAGAAAGGAAACAACGUCAGGCAAUUCUGCCCAGUCUACUUAGAAGUUUUAAAAUAAUCAAGUCAGGAGGUUUAAAAGGGAAUUAUUAUUAAACUAGUUAAAGGAGGAAAAUGCAACUAAGAUGCCUUAAAGGAAAUGAGUUGUAAUGUCCAUGUAAACAUCAAAUACCACCAACUUUUCACCAUCACUAAGUAACAUUUCGUAUAUUACCAUUCCCACUCGUCAGUACUUUACUCUCAUUCUGUAAAAUCUGCCUCUCACCCCCAGUCCCUGAAUCCUGACAGGACCAGUCUCUGGAAGCGACGCUCAUGGGGGAGGGAACAUACCUAGCCCAUUAGACGGGAAGCUGCAAGGUUCACUAUUGCACGGGUUGUCACUGUAAGCACCACCGUAGGCUGCUUCAUAACCAGGAUCGUAUUUUUCUUCCUUAACAGCCAUCUUCUUUGCAUCCUCUGUGACAGAGAUAAAAAAUUUAAAAUGGAUUUUGUACAACAAUUUUGAAGGCAGCUUUGUUGAGAAAUCAUGAGCAAUUCUUUCUUUAAAUGUUCAUGAAUGCUGAAAUACAUCUUUUGCAGUCCUCUUUUAAACUCUUUGUAGCAUAUACCAGAUGAACUCAUAAGGAUUACAGAAGCUUAUUACACUUAAUUUUAGGCACAAUGUGAUGUUUCCUGUAUCCUCAGGGUAUGCAGGUGGAGAACCUUGGUAAGAGACUUGCAGCAGUGACUAAUGGCUAUUAUCAGAGCCCUCUGGCUGCAAAUACAAUUUUUUCUUUUCUUUUCCUGUUUCUGUAUCCACAACCUAUUUUCUGUAUGGUAUAUAAAUGAAUGAAAGGAAUAACAGUAGCAUACCUUGGGCAAGCUGUAGGUCAAAUGUAUACCGCACUUCUUGAACGUCUGUGUUUCGUUCAAUGCCUUUCAACUGAUCUCUUAAGUCCUUCAACUUAAUGUAGUAAUGAACUUUGUCCUGAGCGCGAGGAAACUGAGCACACCUUGCACUGGAUGAUGGCAUCACAUAGCAGAGCUGGAAUCAAGGUUUUAGUUUCAGAAAUGUUACAAUUCUACUGAAUCAACUCAUACUGACAUUAUACAAUUUAUCUUAGAGUUACUAACUUAAUACCUAACCACAUACUUAUAUUGUAUGCAACAUCAAUAAAAGUAGUUGUGCUUAAGUUCA